AUGGCAAACUACCCCCGCCCAGACUUCCAACGCAAAGCCCUAAACUGGGCCUCCCUCGACGGAACAUGGUCCUUCAUCUUCGACGACAAGGACAAAGGCCUAACCCAGCAGUGGCAAAAAACCGGUAUUCCGGACCAAGCAGCAGAAGCCGCAUCACCGGCAUCACCGGCCCAAAACAAGCGGGACAUAAAAGUCCCCUACGCAUUCCAAACCCCAGCCUCAGGAAUCGGCCUCUACGAAGCUCACGAGGUAACGUGGUACGAGCGUAGUAUCAGCGACAUACGCAGUGCCGACGAAGUCGCAAACGGGAACAGAUUACUUCUUCGCUUUGGCGCUGUGGACUAUGACUGCUCUGUUUGGGUUGAUGGGAGUUAUAUCGGUGGGCAUCGGGGUGGUCAUGUUCCCUUUGACUUGGAUGUUUCGGACGCGUUUGCAUCUGCCGAGUCAACCACAGGAAGCACUGGCACUGGCAAGGCCAGACUAACGCUCCGCGUCCGUGAUUCACCUUACGAUCUGGCCCAAACCCCGCGGCAAACAAUUCUGGGGCCCGAUGAUAUUGAGUCUGGCGAGCUUCAUGCUCAGGUUUCGGUUUUGGGACGGGGUGCGCGGGCGGCGUGUAGUGUUGAGAUUGAGGCGAGUCUUUAUGGGAAAGUCGUUGGGAAUGGGAAGGGGAAGGUGAAGAGGUCGCUCAAAGCGGAGAGGGAUUGGGUUGGGUUGGACGUUUGUAUGAAGGUUUCUGGGUCCGAUGUUGCGAUUUUGGAGAAGGAGAGGAAAGCGCCGUUUGAUGUUGAGGGGUGUUGGUAUGAUGGUGUGGCGGUUUGGUCUCCUGAGCAUCCGAUUUUGUACGAUUUGACUCUUCGUCUUUACGAUGAGGGUGGGAAGGUUGUUGAUGAAGUGCAGACGACGACUGGGAUGCGGAGUCUUUCGUGGCAGAAUGGCGAUGGGACGUUCCGAUUGAACGGCAAGCCUUAUUUUCAGAUGUUAUUUUUGGACCAAGGCUACUGGCCCGAAACGGGACUUACGCCGCCAUCGUCCGAGGCAUUGAAGCUCGAUAUCCAGAUGUCGAAGGAUCUGGGAUUCAACGGGUGCCGCAAGCAUCAGAAAGUCGAGGAUCCGCGAUUCCACUACUGGGCCGAUCGGCUAGGUUUCAUCGUUUGGGGCGAAAUGGCCAAUGCGUAUGAAUUUGGGCCGGAUUAUAUUGACCGGAUGAAUAGUGAGUGGACUGAGGCUGUGAAGAGGGAUAUCAAUCAUCCUUGUAUCAUCACAUGGACACCUAACAACGAGAGUUGGGCCUAUACCUCGUUGAAGGAUAACAUCGAGCAGCGGAAUCAUAUUCGCUCUCUAUGGAAGGGGGGGAUUCUGGCCCCGAAAGCCGGACAUGAUAUGUUCUCAAGACCCAUCUACUCCGGCUUCGCAGGACACACACUCCUCGAUCCCGGAGCGCAACACAAAGCCGGUGCACCGGUCAUCUGCACCGAAUUCGGGGGCGUGAAUAUCGCGCCGGGCAAGGGUGGUCAGGCGGGCGAUCGUGAUUGGGGAUAUACCACCGCGACGGACAUUGAGGAUUUCCUGAAGCGAUAUGAGAGGCUUGUUAUGGGGAUUGUUAAGGGGGGCCAUACUUGUGGACUUGUUUAUACGCAGUUGUGUGACAUUGAACAAGAAGUCAACGGUCUCUACUCCUACGAUCGCAAGGCAAAGGUGCCCGUUGCAAGGAUAAAGGCCAUCAUGGAUGCCGCGAAGGAACAUUACUAUGAUCAUGUCCAGACUCAUGGACCGAGGGGAAUCAAGAAGCUUUUGCAUUCUCUGCACCGGAGCUAG